AUGGGAAACAUAGCACUUGCUUGCACAUAUGCUACCGUUAUUUACGACAUAAUGGACACAUUAAAGUCACACCCACCAGAAAAUAAACAAAUGAAAAAGGCCAACGUGAUAGGGGUCUCAACAAUGACAAUGAUAUUCCUACUAUGUAGUUGUCUUGGCUAUGCUGCUUUUGGCGAUCACACACCAGGAAACAUUUUUGCUGGAUUUUAUGAGCCCUUCUGGUUGGUUGCCUUAGGAGACACAUUCAUCGUAAUCCACAUGAUUGGAGCAUAUCAGGUGAUGGGUCAACCAUUCUUUCGUGUUGUUGAAAUGGGUGCUAACAUCAUGUGGCCUGAUUCAAAUUUCAUAAACAAGGAAUAUCCAAUUAGUUUGUGUGGUAUAACAAUCAAUUUGAAAUUUUUUAGGCUAAUUUGGAGGACAAUAUUCGUGAUAAUUGCAACAAUUCUUGCCAUGGCAAUGCCAUUUUUCAAUGAGGUUCUUUCUUUCCUAGGAGCAAUAGGGUUUGGUCCUUUAGUUGUCUUCUUCCCUAUACAAAUGCACAUUGCUCAGAAGCAGAUAAGAACUUUGUCAAUGAAGUGGUGUGUGCUCCAAUUUUUGAAUUGUCUCUGUUUCAUCGUUUCAUUAGCCGCCAUAGUUGCUUCAAUUCAUGAAAUUAGCAAGGAUCUCCAUAAAUACAAGCUUUUUAAAUAUAAACAAUAG